ACGCGUCCAGGUGUGUCGGUGCGGGCGGACAUGGGGCUCGUGUACUCUGAGCCGGCCUGUCAGUCAGCGUAUGAUGGAGACCUCCAUCAGCUGUAUCAUGUCCUCAGAGAAGACACCAAACAGCUGAACGUCCAGGAGACGUACGGCGGGGACACGCCGCUCAUCGCGGCCUGUCGCAGAGGACACGUGAGGGUUGUCCAGUACCUGCUGGACAACGGGGCGGACGUCCACCUGACCAAUGAGAAACAGAGGACGUGUCUUCAUUAUGUGUCCAAGAGGACGUUCACUCUGCUGGAUUACCUCAUGAUCUCCAUCCUCAUGCCCAUCCUGCUGCUGGGAUACUUCCUCAUGUUACAGAAGCAGAGGCAGAGCAUGUCUCUGAUGGAGGCCGUGCUGAGCAGCGACGUCAACAUCGACGCCGUCGACUACAAGGGAAACACGGCUCUUCAUUACGUCUGUCAGAGGAAAAGUCAUCGUCUGGUUCCUUUGCUGCUGGAGAAAAACGCCAACACCAACAUCCAAAAUAACGUACGUACACAAACACACCACGACAAUGAAUCCAAAAUAACGUACGUACACAAACACACCACGACAAUGAAUCCAAAAUAACGGACGUACACAAACACACCACGACAAUGAAUCCAAAAUAACGGACGUACACAAACACACCACGACAAUGAAUCCA